GCUGCAUACUCGUCAUCAUAUUGUAUUGUUUCAGAUUGAGCCCACCAUUAUCCAGCACGCACAUAUUAUAUAUUAGCCACAUGCUGUAUAAAAAUAGAGUGCAUCUGUUCGAGCCCCAAAAUGUCGUUUGAUUCAUAAUAACAAAACUAAUACACCGGGAAGCCACAACAAUUAUAUAAUUUUAGUCAAGAAAACAAAGAAUUUUUAAUUGUUUUAUUACUUUCAAACAAUAUUUAAUCUAAACUAAGAUGAAUGUGAUAACUGGUGGAAAAAUUACCUUUGUAGUUAGAUACAAUUAAGUCUUAGAUUAGGUUAGGGUUAUGCCAUUUCAUUGCACAUAGGAAAGAGCCUUUCACUUAGCUGAACACCAUUAGCCAGUUAGUUGGUUGGAAACACAGAGUCAUUGACAGAAAUUUGACAACAUGAUGUGGGCUUUUGGAAAUUGAAAUGGAAUCGGCCCACUGGUGCAAACAUGUUUAAAUGUAUAUAGAACCCAUCCAGACCUUGAUGUGUCCAAUACCCAACACAAUCAAACAAACGGCUAUGGAUGAUGAUUGAUUCCAAAGUCAAUUUAGAAUGUUAUAAUAGAAAAUCUAUUUACAUUACCUUGGACAGACCCCACCAUCAUUUUACUUUACUUUUGUGUCCUUUAUUCUCUUAUGUUAGUUUUUUUUUAUGAAUCACUUUUCUCUCUUGAUACUGAUAAAGGCUGUGUACAGUCAAUAAUUUAGGUUUAAUGUAGUUUUUAUAUAUAUCAUGGCCUUUGUGUUUGCUUAAUACCUCAUGAAUAUAUACGUUAUUAUAUAUAUAAAAUAACGUAUAUAUUGAAUUAUGUGCACCUUUCAAAGACAGACCAAAUCUUUUAGUUUUCACAGCUAACAGUAUUAUGCAGGGAGAUGCUACAGAACUACUGCUCAAUGAAGGACGUGUCAAUACUGCAUAAACCAGGAUGUCAAGGGUCUUCGGACUCAAUUUCUUCAUAAAUCAUAGAAUAUCUAACAUCGUUUCAUUUGGCUUUUACAUUUGGAGGUUUAUUUUGGUAUGUUUCUUUAUACUUCUUCUGUUAGAUACUAUGGUGUGCGUGUGCGCGCGUGCGGAGUGAUGGAUCGGGUGUGACGUCACUCUCCCAGAAUGCAUGGCUUCCAACGCGGCGCCCAGCAGUCCAGGCCCGAACUCUUAACAAACAUCGUUUAAACUUGUUCUAAAAUGUCCACAUCGAGCGGGGACGGAGGCUGGAGGGGGAGCUGGGCUGAGGUUCCGUCGGUCUGUAAAGAUAUCAAGCUGCCUCUGUGAUUCAGCUCGUGCUGGCAUUCAGGGCUGCUGAAUACUCAAAUAGACGGUGCACCAACACAAGCGCUCUUCUCAGGAAGCACACAGACCCAGUCAGCUUCCACAACUCCUCAUCACCGCAACCCUUUUGGGGUUGCUAUGGCAGCUGCUGUCACAGAAACCAAGUGCUGGACACAGGCUUGCCCCAGUGAGGCAGGACAGACCACUAGUCAUUGCCACAAGAGACCAUCAAACAGUCAACAAACAGCUCUUAGCAUCAAUUCUAGCACUCUAAGUUAACAAAACGACAAGAGGUCUGUAGGCUGAUGGUCAGCUCUCUGGAGGAUCCUCAUGAGUCUGGCCUGUGUCUGCCCCGGCUCUUGGCCAGAGUCCAUGUGCAGCAGCACCAGAGCCAAUACUGUUCCUUCUGUUAGACCAUGUUUCACCAGCAGGACCAUCUGAAGAGCCAGCUGCAGGAGAGCCACCCAGCUAGCAGGCAUCUCUUCCACUGCCAGGAGUGUGGAAAGCAGUACAACACCCAGCUGGGUUAUAGACGCCACCUGGUGGCAGCCCACAGCGCGGCAUCAGGCCUUCCCUGUGCAGAGGGGCCGCAGUCCCUGCUGGAGCACCUGGGCAGCCACACUGACAGGCCUCCACCCUUAGAUGACAACUCUACCGCUACUGUGCCAGUGAGAGAGAGAAAGUACUCGUGUGAGCGAUGCGACCGGCGGUUCUAUACUCGUAAGGACGUGCGGCGUCACGCCGUGGUGCACACUGGGCGCCGGGACUUUUUGUGCCCACGAUGUGCACAGCGCUUUGGCCGCAGAGACCAUUUGACUCGCCAUUUGAAGAAGAGCCAUGCCCAGGAGUCAGGGUUGAUGCCACCCUGCACACCUGGCUGCACUCCUGUGGCUGAACCGACCGCUGGCACUCAGUGCUCGGUGAAGGAGGAGCCGAGCCCUGUGGCGUCCGAUGUAGGCCUGGGCUCCAAGGAGCCCAUGGAGACAUUCUCCAGGGACAUGUACAACUCCUACCCCAUGGCCAAUCCGGUCCCUGGGAUGGGCCACCCUCACAGCCUCAUGCAGGGCUCCUUGUCCUCGAGUAUGGGUGUGGCCCGCCACAUGCCCCCCCAAUCUUCUCAUCCCCACCACCAUCACCUGCAGCCCCCGGUGGCUCCACAGCAGCAACCCUACAGCAACAUGGCCAGAUACCAGCAUGGAUCUACCUCAUACCCUCGCACCGAUGUGGACAGUUUCCUGCUGGACCUGCAGAGUGCCCCCCCACCUCACCUGAGUGCAGUCAAUUCCUCUACCUCUACAUCUGCCUCCCCUCAGAGAGAGGUGCUGGGUGAAGGCGUGGGUGCCGGCGGUGACCCCCACCUCCUGUCCAGGAGCCCUGCUAUCUCUUCAUCCGAGCUGUCCUGCACCACUAACAUGGACCUCGGGCCUCUGCUGGGCUUCCUGCCUUUCGGCCUGCCACCCUACAGCCCUCACAUGGGGAUGGGAGGGUUAAUGAUGAGCUAUCCACCUGCAACCACCACCACUUCCCCCACCGCCUCCUCCUCCGGGCUGUCUUCCCAGGCACCAGGGCCUUUCUUCUUCCAGCCGCCACAAGCUCAUGUACCACAAGGCCCUGGAGCCCAUAACCACAGCCAGCUACCUCAGGCAUACAGCAGUCCUGCUAUGAGCACUUCCAGCUCCCUACCUCACUACUACCAGGCCUUUCAGCAGUAAGCAGCUCAGUCCCGACAAAUGUUGCCUUUGAACCCUGCAACAAAUGUGACUUUAGCCUGUCAGUGCUAAUUAUGCUAAUCUUAGUUUUUUUUGUUUUUUUUUGUUGAACACAACAAAUCACCUCAUCAGUAUUACCUCAUUAUUUAAAAAGGAAGUUUGAAAAUUUGAGAAAAAGUAGACUGUCUCACUUCAACCAAAGUAGAGAACUACUAACUUUGCCAGACCUGUUGUCAACAGCGGAUGCACUCAACACACUCGCCACCGGUGCUGCACCGUGCUGUGAGGCAUCUGGUUUUAGGUUCUCAUGAAAGAUGCUACUGUUUUUAAGGAAUGUCACUUUCCUUAUGGAAGCUGACGCUCAAUGUUCUUGUUUUUAGAAUUUUUGUUUAUGAGUAUCCUUAGAGUUGGAGAGAGGUUGGUGAACGAUGUACUCUGUUUCUUUUAGUGACACUUUAAUGACACUGCAAACUGCACCGUUUGGGUUUGAUAUCCGGAGGUUAACUCACUAAAAUGUGCAGGUAUGAGUUCACCAUCCAGCAUUACACCCACUAUUGUGUAUAUCAUUAGAUGGAGAAUGACCAUUGAUGAAAUAACCAAAUGUUAUCAUCAACCAUUGUUUCAAGGGAUGUAAAUCUAACAUUGUUCUUUCGAAAUUAGACCGUGUUAGAAUUUGGCCGUUUUUAGUUACAGUUAACAAAAACUGUAAAGCACUUACUAUUAGAACUAGUAAAUCAAGUGUUACUGAAAGUGCACUGCAUAAGUGAGUAAUGGAGUGUGGGUAAACCUUUAAAAGAAAUGAAAACACAGAAGCGUGUUGCUUAGAAACUGUUUUGCCUGUAUUUAAUAUACUGCAGUUUUUGUGACACUUCAUGGAUCACCAGCUAGCUGCAAGUGGCAACCACACAGAGUACCGAUGAGGGCUGCACGAUAUCUCUGCACCGAUAUGGGGAUGUUUGCAACACGUCAUGCCACAACUUCUUUGCUUAAUACAGAAAGACUUUCCCGGGACUGCGACAGGUCACGUAGGCUCGCCACAGUUUGGUUAUGAACUGUGUUUUUACACUAGGGGUGUCGCACUUUUGAUUUUAAAUCAAACGUAGAUCGAAAUGAGCUCUCCCAAUGCAGGAUUUGCGAUUGUCCCAGUAUUAUGUUACCUCCAUCCCUACCUACUUGGCACGUACAAAGAAAAAGAAAGGGUAAAACACUUCAUACAGACAACGUGGCGUAGCCCAGCGGUUGCCUGCCCUGCAGCUGCACUUGACAUGACACACCGGUUACUCAUGGCCAGAGAUGACAGUGAAGCAACAGAGGUGUAAAAUCCUGCUUCCCUGAAGUCACUUCUUGCAGUUUUGCCUCCUCUGUGAGUUAUGUUAAGUUUAUGGAUUUAGGGCUGCAGCAUCCAGUCUAGUCUUCCCGACUCACCUGUCAAAAAAAGUCAAAGCAAACUGGAUUUUGAGAAUGGCCAUGGCCCCCUAUUCUUAAAAAGGGGGAUGCGGAGUGUGAGAAUCCUCCUCUCCAGUGCCCCCCCCCCAUGGUGCUGCACCACCAUGUCAGGCUAUACUCGAUUGGCUUUGAAUGGCCUGGGUCGAGGCGACUGGUGGCUUAAGAGCCGCUUCCCGAGCUGUGUCCCCUCUGCUUGCGUGGUCUCCGUGCAGCUGUCCACAGCCUGAGGGGUCCGCGGUGAUCUCGGCAACCCACCUGACCUGUCUUGAAACGUGAAGCCUGCCUUUUUUGCUUUGGCAUCACAUUUAUAUCUCAACCAAUUUGUUUUGUAAUUAAAUUCUUAGGCUUUUAGAGUACUAAAUUGUUUAUCUAGCCUCUUUAAAAUGCACCAAAUUGGUGCAUUACUUUUAAAAUGCUCAAAAUUUCAGGCAAAUGUUUUUUUUUCUUUUUAUAUAAAAUGGCUCUUGAAUUGUGAGAUUUUUCCACUAUAUUACAGGCCUGGUACAUCUGAGAUUCCUUCUAUCUUUUGGAUUGUUUAAAGUCACAUCUCCUGUGAUGCUGCGAGCAUCCUCCGUGUGUCUCGCGCCUCUGACUGAAUGUGGCCUCAGAGAGCACUGCAGCAGCUGUUCUCCUUUAAUCCAUUGAAUCCGCUGUGUUAAAAGCGCCAACUGUGAACCCCCGAAAAGUACAUUUGAAUUUUGGACUUUUGGAUAGAUUAUGAAUGAUUCUACAAAGGCCUUCAAGAGCACUUGUUUGUUUUUGUAGCUUUUACUAUGUAUUUACACUUAUUUUUUUCCCCACGGUGGUGGUCUUGGAUCUCAAGAGAAUCUAAUUAGGACUAAAAGGUGACUACCCCCCCCCCCCCUCCCCUCUCCUGCAAAGGCUCAGGAAAGCCAGAGAAGGGAAGCAGCUGAGGAAGUGGUCUGUUGAGAUCACGCUUCCUCUGCCAGAGUUACAGUGCAGCACAGCAGGAGUAAUUCAUCCGAACAAGCAGCCUUAUACUUAUGGAUGCUCCACUCAUGCCAUUGGUUGGGUAGUAGAGAUGGAGAAGUCCUCCAGCUGGAAGUUCUGGGUAAUAGAUAUGAUAUUGGAAACAAGAUCUUUCAUGGAGAGAUUCAGACGCUUUUCUCUUUUCUGCCUUAAUUCCACCAACUGUAUUUUGAAGGACUUCCAUUGUAACCAGCCUCCAUGUCUUAAAAUACUACUGCUGUGCCUCUCUAAGAGUGCCUAAUCUCCUGACUGGGUUUAAGCACUUAAUAACAUUUCUUAAAAAAAAAAAAAAGGACGAGUUUGAUCUGUACCUCAAACACAGAACAGUGGGUUUGUUUUAUUUGUAUUUGAUUUGCAGUUAUUUUGGCUCUUACCUGUGCCAUUAGAUACAAACUAUAAAGGUAGAUUUUUCAAACCUAAACUCUUUAUCUAGCGACAAUUUACAUUAUAAUUUGGUCAAAUGUUCUACUUUCAUCAUGUCAUAUAUUUUUGCGAAAACCAUUAGAAAUAGUUCUAGCCUGUAACUGUUUUUACCACUGUUGAGGAUGGCUGCAUACUCCAAAUUCAACUUUUUAAUACAGGGUACACACAAGUUCUGGUGGUGUAUUCCAGAGUCAAACAUUGUCCUCAAUACUUGCCUUUAAUGAUAUUUCUACUUAUUUACUACCUCAAAGAACAGAUGGGUAACUGUCCAUCUAACUGCAGAGAAAAUGUCUGUGUAGAGUUUUAUUUUUGUCAGAACAAGCACAUGUACUUUGUAGCUCUGUAGUUUUUUACCGAGGUUAACUCACUGCUGGAUGAUGUUUAGUGCAACAAGUACCACACUGCAUCAGUCCUGUUGUCGAUGUCUCUGCCUCUUCAGUCUGGAAUGGUUUACUCCAUUUAUGAAUCUGUGCCUCAGUCUAAAGGAUUUCUCGUUGCUUGUUGGAAUGUACCUGACAACCCUUUGAGACGCGGGCUAGCUAGGUGAGGCUUGUGUGAAGAAUGAAAGGGAGCUCCACACAGCUGGCCGAUGUGUUGUGACAUUGGAUUGUUUUUCGUUUAGAAAAUAUCAAAUAUUGACUGACUCCCCCAUCCAGUGUUCCAGUUCUGAAGUACAGGGGUUUCCAGAUGUGCUUGCAUGAUCCAACAAGUAUUCAUUCAGAAGCAUCCUUUUAACCCACCAACCACUUGAGUCAUUCACGUGUUCUAGUAUGUGGUGAAUGUCACUUCCGGCCUGGCUUAGGACAUGUAAAACAACACUUGAAGCAUUCCAGACUGAACUUAAGAGGCGGUGCGGAAGGUUCAUUUCAGUAAAUGAUCAUCCAGUACUGUUGUGUUGCUUGCAUUUAGAUCGGCUCUGAGAACGACUACAAUGCAGGUUGACACCUUUUAACUUAGAUAUAUUUUUCAUUAGGUGUUUUGUAUUAUCACUUAAUAGAUUUUAGAAGGCAGUGAAAAGCAGUUGUCUUUUUCUGAUUGUCUGAACAUAAUAGAAAAUAAAUGAAUCUUUUGAUUUCCA